AUUCUUGAACACUGUAAUCGCUAUUUAUAAAUACCACGCAUGAUAUGCUUUACUGCUAAAGCCAGUACAUAAUGUUAUCGACGUUAAUUACGUAUCCACAUCCUCACAGAUAUGUGCAUACAAGUUCAACGAUAUUGUUUCAGCAUACUAAAAUAUCGUUUGAACACACAACUUUGGUAUACGUCACUAUUAGCUGGCAGGAAAGUAGGGAAUUAUAAGAGACAUAACAACUACGUGUGCUGCGUAAGCUGGCUAGUCGACCGAUGAACGUGUCGAUGUAUGUAACCGGUGACGUGGAAAAUAAAGUAUGUUGCAGUGGAAUAAGAUUAUUAGUAAUGACUAGUGUUCGUUAAACUCCCGUAAAAAAGAAUACCAAGAAACGAGGAGAAAAUAACGAAUGAAUUAAACAUACCGAUUUCAACGUGGUACAGUUAUCGGUAACGAACUUGCCUUGCAUGAAAGCUCUGAAGCGAAUGCCCAAAGCAAACAAAAUGGAUACGCAUUAGACAGGAUGCAAGCCUGCCGAGACGAAGGUAGAAAGAGUUUGUAAAUCAGCCGUUUGGUCAUUGCACGCUUUCGAUGACGCUGACAUGGCGCUCAAGACCGCAUUACAGUGAUCCGUUUUAAGGUUUCUUAAGUAGAGUGCAUUGACACUCUAUGAAUUAUUUCAGCGUUCCUGAUCUAGCAUCUUAGACUCUUCUUUCUCGAGUCAGAUUUUAUAUUCCGCCAUGUUCUAGCGGUUUUACAAUCGUAUUUCAAUCCAAUCGGCGCAGAUUAAACAGCGUCCGGUGCGGGACGUAUCAAGAACGUAAAUGCAUUUAACGUGCAACGGCAUUACAUUGCAUUGUCAGAAACAGGCGAUAGAUUGGUCAAGGAAAUUGGAAAGUUUACAUAUGUACGUAUACACAGUUUUUAAACGGAAAUCAUACCAAUCUAGAGGCCAAUUUUUUUUCUAACAAAUAUGUAGGUAACUACAGCGUGAUUGUUCAUUGUUAAUAAUGCCCUUUUUAAAUAUAUUUUGCUCUUUCGAUAUUUUUAACAUUUUAACAAUCUGCAAAUGUCUUAGUUUUUUCGAUAAGUCAAGGUUUCUGUAUAUUAAAUUGUAUAAUUUUAAUGAGUGUUUGUUGCUCUAAACAAAAUUUCGCACCAUAUUUGCCGUAUACACAAUAACGGGUACAGCAUUAAAUAAGUUCACCGGUGUAUAAAUAGGUUCUAUUUUGGAAUUCAACCUCUUCCCAAGCACAUCCGCGUACAGUUAGAGUUUAUCUGUCUGUGAAAACGGUUCAUUACUCCUACAAUCAAAAGAAAUUUUCGUAAUACAUUGUACCACAGACUAUCCAUUAAAUAAAACUUGUUAUUUAAUAAUAUUUCUCGUUACUCGUUGCAUCUUUAACGUAAGCGAAUUAUAAAUAAAGCAAUAAACCUCAAAAUAAGGUGGCUCUUUAAGUAAGAGCAUACGCUUUGAAUAAUGUUUAAAUAACAGCACAGAUUUUUGAAAACAAAGUUUCUGGUAACCGCAAUCAAUGGAACAUCAGCCCGCCUGUGCAGUUUGCGGAAAAGAAACGAUACAUAAAUGCAGUGCAUGUGGAAAUGCUUAUUAUUGCAGUAAGCAACAUCAGAAAGAAGACUGGAAAAGACAUGCGCAAUCUUGCAGAGCGUUUAAGUUGGCAGAAAGUCCUACUUUGGGUCGUUAUUAUGUGGCAGCGAGGAAUAUCAAAGUAGGAGAAAUCGUUCUGAAAGACGAUCUGCCUUUGGUAGCAGGUCCCAUGCAUAAUUCUCUACCUGUAUGCCUUGGAUGCUACACGGAAUUGCAUGAAAAUAAUGCGGUUCCCUGUACUAAAUGCGGAUGGCCCCUGUGUUCAAACUGCAAAGAUCACGGAACCGAGUGCGACUUUACCUCUUCCCGCAGAGACGAUAAGGUAUCGAUUACGGAAUUUGGAUAUCCGCAUCCAACUUAUCAAUGUAUAAAUGUUAUAAGAGCGUUAUCACUGAGAAACAAUAAUGCGGAAUCCUACAAAAAAUUAUUGUCUCUCGAAAGCCAUUGCGAGAAAAUAAAGAAUAGAAAAAAUUUUAUUUUCGAAGAAUCAGAGAAUUUGGUACGUUUUAUCAAGAGAUUUUUUAAAACGGAUGAUAUACCGGACGAAGAAAUUAUGAAAAUUAUCGGUGCAUUACAGAUUAACGGACACGAAGUGCCUCUGACAGAUCCACCGUAUGUAGCAGUUUACGAAUUGGCAUCCUUGCUCGAACAUAACUGUAAAGCAAAUUGCUCGAAAAGUUUCACCGAUAGGGGUGGAUUAAUUAUUCAUGCCGCCACACCUGUCACAAAAGAAAGGGAGGAGAAUUAUCGAGCGGCUCCUGUAUUAGCCUAUAUUGUAGGAGAUCAUAUUUCUAUAUGUUAUACGGAUCCAUUAUGGGGUACGGUAAACAGAAGACACCACCUUCUAGAAACUAAAUAUUUUGAAUGCACCUGCGAACGAUGCAGCGAUCCAACUGAAUUUGGAGUUAUGUUUGAUGCUGUAAAAUGCAAUGAAACCAAUUGCUUAGGAUACACGUUACCAAGAACAUUUCUUGGUGACCAACAACAAGAUUAUGCGUGUACAACUUGUGCAGCGGUUGUUCCCUGCGAGAAAAUCGAAGAAACGUUGGAGAGGAUUGGUAUACACCUUUCAAAAAUCGAGAAAAACAACAUCAGUGCAUGCGAAAGAUUUCUGAAUUGUUACAAAAACGUCCUUCAUCCAAAUCACUUUUAUAACAUAGAUGCAACUAUCGCCUUGGCUCAGUUGAUCGGUCAACAAGAUGGAUUGCAAGCAGUCGACGAAAAUCUGCUUGCUGACAAAAUAGAAUUAUGCAAAAAACUCGACAAUAUACUGAAAGUACUUGCGCCUGCUGAAAAUCGAAUUCGAGGAUUGAUUCUGUUUGAAAUGCAUGCUGCUCUUGCAGAAUUUAGUAGAAGACAUACAGAGGAUGAUACUCUAAUAUUAUUACUGGAAUCAAAGAAAUGCUUAAUCAGUGCUCAUGAAUUAUUAAGAUACGAACCAGAAGUUCUUCCAGAGGGAAAGAUAGCUGUUAAAGCAAAGGAAAAUUUGCAACAAAUAAAUGAUAUUCUGCAACGAUUUAAGAUAACAUCUACAUACUCUACAUGAAAUCAGUUGCAUUAAUUAAAAUGUGAAUAUUCUCAACUCCAUUAUAACUUGUCAUUAUACAAGAAAAAAUGGAAAGAAUAUAAGGGUAGAAAUAGUUUAGCCAUAAAAUGAAUAUCUUAAAAGUUAUUAUA